AUGGCUUCUCAUGAAGCUACUAUGAAAGUCUCCUCUACCCCUCAGACCGAAUCUGGUGCUACCACCGACAGCCAGUCUCAAAUUAUCCAUCUACCCUGGUAUCGAUUUCUCCUGCUUCCGGAGUCUGAGCAAAAGGACCUGGAUGAAAUGGCAAUUCUUUCAACAUUUGAGCCCCUCGACCAUCUACCCCAGGAGCUCGACGGGAGCACCGGCACCGAAACGCCGCUGCCGGAGCUAUUCCUUGGCAUACCUCUCGACACCGACAUGAUUUUCGACUAUGCGUAUAAAUACGAGCUCUAUGCAUACGUAGACAAGAGGACGAUGGGUCCGCUGGGGUGGGUUCCCCCGGAAGAGGUCACGUCGAACACAGUCAUCAAUGUCGACUCUACAAGUUAUAUGUGCAACGUAUACCCUGCGAUUCAUCGCCUUCCUCCUCCAAUCUCACAGACGAUUAACGGCGAGACUUGGACACCGGCUCUGGCGAGCGCCGAUUCGAAACUGCGAUGGAAGAAGGGUACAGAGAUCAAGGCGCAGACGCGCCAGCAAUGCUUUGCACUAUGGUACAAUGGGGAUUUCUACAUGUUCAGGUGUCGCGAUGAUGCGAGUGCAUCAACUAUGCGCGUGGAUGGGGUGUCGUGCUCUUUGUUCGUCUGCUUGCAUCGGGCCCUUGAACCCCGAAUACUUGCUCAUCGCGCGUAUCUUCGGCCCAUAUUUCCACUUACGACAUCAGUCCAACCAAUCAACUCCACGCCCUCUCACACCCCACUCGUCGCAACGACGAAAAAAAAGGCACUCACAGCACCACCAGAACGGGAUCAUUGCGAUCGAGAUCCCUCCCAACACGCUGCACGCCUUGCCGACUCCCAAGUUCCUGGAAAACGUGCUCGCAGAAAUCGGGAAAGCGGCGCCGAGGCAGGGGCGGAAGAGGUCGUUCCAGGCAAACACGCUCGCGACGUGGAGCGGGUAACAGUCUUGGCGUUGCGGGCAGAGAUACAACAAGGAUUACCAUAUCAUCGCGACCACGACGAAGUCAAUGAUGAGGACCACUACUGA